CUGGUUGUCGGUGUGUGCUUCGAACGAGUGAUCGGCGUCCGGUCACCACUUCACCGGCUUGUCGUGCCAUCAAAGCGCCGCCUUGUUGCUGGUGGCAGUUGCGAAACAGCCACACUCCGUCCAUCCCUCCCUCAUCUCUUGCGGCAGUACGUGAAAUGGAUGCGAGCAGCCAACGUCGCAUUGGUGGUCGUAAUACCGCUGGUGUUCCUCGUCGUGUUGAAUACGAUGCUGAUGUACUACGUUAAGAAACGGUACGCAUUGUUAAAGAACACUUUGAACCUCUCGUUCAAAAGAACGCUAAUCGUGUACGACUUGGAAGUAAUUACCAGUUUUAUGGUAAUUAUCGGCAAAUGUUUGAAUUUCGUUGUAUUUUGCUUGAGUUCGGACAAUUUCCGCCAGAAGCUUCUUGUCAUAGUUCGAGCAAGAUGUGGAGGAAUGAGCGAAGAAAAGUACGUGCAUCGCUCUCAAUACGGGCCGUAG